AUGCCGCAGGCAAAAGAUUAUAUCCUCGGAACAGAUGGCAAGAUCCGUGCCGUCAUCAUCCUCAAUUGCACCUACACUGGCCGUAAGAAGCGUCUGCAGCAUCUGAGCAACAGUAGUGGCAAGAAUAAUCUUGAGCUUCCCGACAAAGUUUUCAAGCUCACCAUGACGGUCCUGCACGUUGCUACUACCCUCGAAGAAGCUGAGGCUGAGGUCGAGGUCAAGGCUAAGAAGAACGAGGAUAAGGACUCCAAGAAGACUACAGUCUCUCACAGCACCCAGACCAAUGGCAGGUCCAGACAUCAUCCCCACCUUAGAGUCGAUAUCUCAGCCUCCAACGUACCCAUCACACCUACGUCUACUGGUUGCCUUCCCCUCUCCCUCCACGACCUGGACCCACGCCUCCCACGCCACGUCCCUAUCGAUAUCCCUAUGCUCGACAUCUACGUGCUCGCCAAGCAGGCGGCCGAGGAGCAGGCUGUCGCAGACACCUAUCACCUUGCUACCAUGGCAUCAGCGGCGGCUGCAGAAGAAGACAGCAAGGAUGAUCAAGGCGAUGGCACUAGCAAGAAAGACGGGCAGGUUGCGCGCAAGCCGAAUGCUGGGGUGCGCCACUCGUCACUGGCACAGAUCAAGGCGAGGUGUAUUGCGGACUACACGGGCAAGAAGAGGUUCUACAGCACACAAAGCCGCCAGAGCAACUCCGCCCAUACUGCUACUCAUACUGCUGCUGCUGUCACGUCGUCCUUGUCUAUCAAGGGGGUCCCAGGCCAGGGCUUCCGCGGUGCCCUCUCCCGGCCAACAGCAAUGGCUGACCCCGUCGCCGUCGCACAACGACGACCACCUCCCUGUCUUGCUCUCGCUCUUGCUCUUCCUCAUCUUCGUCCUCACAACGCCGCGCCUGCCCCCGCCCUGGCCCGCGCCCCCGCCAUGGCCUAUCGUGGUGCGAGUCUUGUGCGGCGCUCGGUCACCUGGACCAGCGGCCUCUCUUUCCGACGUCUACGAUGA